AUGGAGGGAGCUUUCAAACCCAGACACGGUCGUCGGAAUCAAGAAAAUGUCAAAAUUUGCGUCGAUCUCGAUAGAACUUUGACUUCUUCAACAUGCUGCAGAGUCGUAGAAGAUAUGUUGAAGUACCUGCUGUAUCAGCGGCAUCAAAUUCCUGUUCAGUAUGACAUACUCCUGCGGGAAGCGUCGAUGGUAGAGAAAGAAUGUAGUGAGACUGAAGGAUUUAGUUCGAACGAGGUUUAUCAGUCGAAACAGGAGAGGACAAAGCUGAAACAGAAAAGAAAGAGGCUCCGGUGGUUAGAACAAGUGAAGAAACUUAUAUAUGACUAUAAUGUGAUCAUACAGAAAGUACGAAGUGAAAUAGAAAAAGGAGAUGUUGCUGCUGUCAGCUUUGUUGUAGGAAGUUCUGUAGUAACAAGUAAAGAAUUUUUUUCCAUUAACUUCCCACAUGAUUAUGCAGUAGCUGGUUCUGAUGCGGGAAAUGACCGACAUGUUCUCCUGCAAUUCUUCAGAGCUUUUGUUACCAAUGAGGAUUUAGUCAGAGUGGUAAGUCGACCAUGUAGUAUCCAGAAGCUUUGGGUGAUGUUGCAGAAGUUUGAGCCAUCCUCAACUAACGUUUUUAGUACAGAAGAGAGCGCCCGGACCCAUUCUGAAGUUUGUGAUAUCAUUCCCCGCUGUAACUUCUCUCCAAGCCAGCGUACCCGCAUAGUUAAAAUAUCCGUAAUUCACAAAUCUCCUCUAGGAUCUCCCAUGGAGCUGACACCAAGUAUAGGAAAGCUGGUCUCUCAGUGUGCUUUCAAAUCUAAUAGAAAAAAUUCAAGCAAAAGAUCUCUGGUUUUCAGCAUCAACAACGUAUCUAAGCGUUAUUCUUUCUCAAAUGAUAUGGCUAACCACAGCCAUUCGCAAGACUUGGGAGUCACACCAGUUUCUGUUGAGAAAAAGGGUUCCAAGUAAAAGUUUCCCUCCAGUUCACAACUUCAGUGAUAGUGUAGAUAUGGAUGACUCCAUGUCAGUUUGUAGCAGACCUGAACCACUAGGACUAGUGACACCAAGGAAUAUUCUAAAAGGACCAGAACCCAUAAUAGAAACUCCCACAGUAUCUUCCCACAUCACAAGUGUUCAUUCUACAUCCACUGCUUCACCAAGUAGACUGCUAGCUUCCUGUAUGAGUAACUUUAACAUUUCUGAUGCCUGGAAUGACAAGUCUCCAUCAGAAGAACAGACUGUUAUGUGGUACCAAGUUGAUCAUUCCAUCAAGGGCUUUAAAGAUGUAUGUUUCAGAUAGUUACAAGUAUGUAUGAUUCUGUUAUAUUGGGGGGCAAGAAAAUUAAAAGACGUAUUAUGAAGAGGCUAUGCUUGUCACUUUUCAUAAUUAAUUUGCAUGUCUUCAUUAGAGAGUGACCAAAUUCAUAUUGAAUUAUAUCUAUUUGGGUAUUUUAAUUGUAGAAUUGCAGAAUUUUUAUGUUAAAUUCUCAACAUUAAGAAAUUUUAGUUACAUAGUUAUACUUGUGCAAUAUUUGCAUAGAAUAUAUAAAUAAAAGCUGUUUUGA